AUGUUCAAGAUCAUCACUUCUUUUAUCGCACUGGCACUUUUCCUUGAAGGCGCCUGUGCUGCCCCGAUUUUGAACGUCGUGCCAAAUACCUCGGCAGCUGGUGUGCAGACUGACGACACCGCAGUUGGAACGACGCGAACUGCCAACAUCCUGCUGAACGAGUACUUCCCAAGUGAGUUUGGCCUCACUAGCAGGGAGGACGAUGUUGUAGACGUGGAAGCUGGAGACAGCACCACGCCCGCUGGCUUUGGUGUCUCAAACGACGUUAUAAACGGUCUGCCAGUCAUUGGUGGGAGUGGAACUAGUGGAACUUCCGACACUGGUCUUGGUGGAUUCUCUGGUAUCCUAGGAGGUUUGACCGGUGGAUUGGGACUCAGUAGUGUAACGUCCGGCCUCGGUUCUAUGGGGUUACCAUUGGGUGGCUCGCUUCCAGGAGUUAGUGGCGUAACUGGUGAGUCAUAUCUAUUGCAACUGCAAAACGAAGCCAGAGAAUUCAACAAACAAUCUCCAGGAGCACUUGGUGGUGUUACCAGCGGAUUGCCAGCCAUGGGAAGCCUAUCUGACCUUCCUGGAUUGGUAAAGUCUGAGGACGCCAGUAUUGCUUGA